CCAGCGUCUUUCACCACUCGCGCCCACAGCCACACUGCAAUUCCGAUACCCCUAGAGGAGCUACGCCAAGUAGCCCAGCAAUAUUCGCAAUGGGAUCAAUCCACGACUCUCGCAUACACAAGUGGUUCGCAACCUCGCCUCCAGUCGCAUGGACCGUCAGGCAGCUACGCGAACUCCUCAUCGGCUCUCUCAAGCAAGGCCCUAUUCCCCAGCAUGUCGCCUUCGUCAUGGACGGCAACAGGCGGUUUGCGCGCAACCACCAUAUUGAGACUGUAGAGGGGCACAAUCUGGGCUUCGAGUCAUUGGCCCGGAUCCUGGAAGUCUGCUAUAAGACCGGAGUCAGGGUUGUGACCAUCUACGCGUUCAGCAUAGAAAACUUCAAGCGCUCCAAGCAUGAGGUGGAUGCACUCAUGUCCAUGGCCAAGGUGAAGCUGCAGCAGCUGGCCGAGCACGGUGCUCUACUAGAUCGCUAUGGUGCAUCCGUCCGGAUACUGGGUCAGCGGGAGCUCAUCAGCCCAGACGUGCUCAAGGCCGUCGACAAGGCCGUUGCCAUGACUGCUCACAACAAAAAGGCUGUGCUGAAUGUAUGCUUUCCGUACACGUCGCGCCAUGAGAUUACCACCGCUGUGAUGAAGACUGUCGAGACCUACAGUACCCCGAUGCACACUCUGUCUAAUUCGUCGAAACGCACGUUUUCCGAGUCCCACAUUACCCAGCAUAUCCGGAAGCAAAUGUUGGAGGAGGAUACAGAAGGCGCCUUCGAGCAGCCCGAGUUGGGUUCAGCGUCGCCGUCGAAAGAUGACGCCUCGGUUGGAGAUGGGCAUUCGUCGUCGACGUCGACGGCCAUCAACGAGCCUGAAAAAGAUGACUUGUCCAACGAGCCCACGUUCUUGGAUCCCGAGUCAAUUAGUGCUCAGACGCUAAACGACAACAUGAUGACGGCAGAUGCUCCACCGCUUGAUCUGCUGAUCCGCACUUCUGGCGUCGAGCGGCUGAGCGACUUUAUGCUGUGGCAGGCUCACGAGAACACGUCCAUUGUUUUCCUCAAGUGCCUCUGGCCCGAGUUUGAUCUUUGGCAGUUUCUACCCGUCCUGGUGGAGUGGCAGUGGCAGCAGAAGAAGAAGCUGCAGGAAGAGCAGCACCAGCAGCGCGUUCGUGGGCGGUCCAAGUCGGAGUAGGGCUAUGUGAGUAAUAACAGAGUGGAAAGUGCCGGCGGUGAUAGAAGGAGACAGGGCUAGACUUGAGCGCGCAUAUCCAAGAUACCCAGAAUCAAGCAUUCCCAUACAUCAGCAGUGCACGCUACGGCCAAAACC